GCUCGUUGUGGUGGAGGGGGGGAGGGCGCCUCCGGAAGUGACGUCGCGCGCAGGGCGUCGCCAUGGCCACGUGAGGAGGUGGAGGAGAUGGAGCGGCGGGGUUUGUAGCGUAGAGCGAUUGGCAGUGCGGGGCCCCCGUGCAGCAACAACAACAGCAGCAGCGGCGGCGGCGGCGGCAGCGGCGGCGGCAGCAGCGGGGGAAGCAGCAGCAGCACUAGGUGGAGCACCCGCGCUUGGCAGCGCGGCGGGCAAGCGUGAGCGACGUCGUAAGGGAACGGUUUCUGCUGCUGCACCGAGAAUGAUGAGGUUACGAGGUGUGGUGCGUCUGGCCAUGGUCACCACCACCGUGCUGCUCAUGUGGUACAUGGCCACACAGCUCUUGGACAUCCGGCUGGAAGCCAGCUUUCGCAGAGAUCAAGUGACAUCGCAGUCAACAAAUGGCACAGCGCCCCGACCCGUUCGCUUCAAGUGCGGCCUCACCGAGCCCUGCCCCGACAAGCACUUCUCCUUCCGGGUCGUCAGCGGCUCGGCCAGCAUCGUCGGGCCCAAGAUCUGCUUCGAGGACGUCGUACUGAUGAGCAGCAUAAAAAAUAACGUGGGGAGAGGCCUCAACUUUGCUGUGGUUAAUGGUGUGACGGGAGCCCUCCUCGACGUGCGGACGUUCGACAUGUGGGCGGGCGACGUGGAGGAGCUCCUCAAGUUUCUGAGGACCAUCCAGCGUGGCUCUAUUGUGCUGGUGGCCACCUUCGAUGAUGGGGCCACAAAGCUCAGCGUGGAGGCCCGUCAGCUGCUGUCCCAUCUGGGCAGCACGGCAGUGAACAGCCUCGCGUUCCGGGACAGCUGGGUGUUUGUCGGGGCUCAGGGAAUCUACGCCAAGAGCCCAUUUGAGCUGCAUGUGAGGAACAACCAGGACACAAACAAGUACGAAGGCUGGCCCGAAGCCCUGGAGCUUGAGGGCUGUGUUCCCGUGAAGGAGAACUGAAAGGAGGAGGCCUACUGUGAAGGUCACGUGAUGAGGAACCACCGUGAAGGAAAUGGCAGUUCUCAAGCCACAGAGAGAGGGGGGCGGGGGGGGGGACCCUUGGCUGGUGAGAGAUUCUCACGGCCAGUCCAGCUGAUGCCACUGCACCUCUCCGCUGCUCACUUCUGCCACAUCCCAUAGCUGCUGAAACCAACACCCAAGCAGCAGAGCCAGCUCCUGUAAUACCCCCCACCCCACCACCACCUCCAGGGCUGUAGAGAGAUGGGUGGUGGGAUGGGGGGGGGGCUUCAGGGCUUCCCCUUGACCGCAGAGCUGUGGACACCACUCCAAUGCCGGUCUCAGCGACCUGCCCUCCUCCCCCACACGUCCCCUCCACCGUAACCUCCUCUUUCUGAAUGUAACCCCCCGUCUCUUUUCUGCCACGUUCCUGCCACGUUCUUGCCACGUUCUUUUCGAAACGUCCACGUUGCGAACGUUCUGCCAGGAUAUUCCUAGAAUUCUCCAUGUGCAAUUAUACACGUACGGUAAAUAUCUUUAAGCCCGGUUUUCUAGAUGUUUAUAGCAACGUCCACAUUAAUCCUGUCUAUCUCUGAUAGGGCAUCUUCUCUGUUUUUUUUAAAGUAGGAGUUUAUAUCGUUGGUGAAAAUCAAAGCGGUUUACGUAUUCCAUUAAAACCCAACUCGUAUAGUGCAAUACUUAGCUUGAGCUCCUCACACCUCUUAUGUAACCGACUGAAAUCCACAAAGUCCUCUACUACCUCCACGCUCUCUCUUCCUGCUGACAACCUGAGAUGAAGGUGCUGCAAGGGCCCCCUUUCUCAGCAGCAUCACUGCCAACAACGUAGUUGCGGGAAGCUCACUCCAAGACCCCCGUCUCUAGAGCCCUUGAGCAGCUCCAAAGUCCCAGCCGAGGUCCUCGCGACCAAACCUCCCAAAUUUGCAUUAUCUACACGCUCCAAGUCUCCCAGCUAUCCGUCUGAGCCACUGCGCUCUCCAUGAUGUCUUCACGGCGACCUUGUCCGUGGUUCGGUGAACACGCGGGUGACCGGUGAAAACGGACGCCUGUUGACGCCGGCUUUUAGUGCAAGUCACUCGGUCGGUCUCUCCUCGAUGGCACACACGAGUUCUUAAGCCGCUCUGCUCAACUUAUCUUAAAUGCCCUAACAUCGAUAUCCCCCGUUCUCUAUCUACCAACGGAUCCAUGCUUGCUUAAAGUCUACAACAACAAAAAUCCAAAGAUCCUUGCGAUAUUCCCCGAAUUUCAUUGCUAUCUGCCUGAAAGUGAACGUCAAGAUUGAUACAGCACAAUCUUAUUUGUAUUAUGAAUAUGAUGCUCUUUCACUCAGGACAGUCUCACUAAUCAAUAAUCUUUUCAGGGGCCAUGCUUGUAUGUGCAAACUCUAUCCAUUUAUUUUCAGGUUAUUUUUCAGCAUUGGUAUGUUUGGUCAAUACCAGUUACAUUGCGUGGCCUUUCAGCCAUGAGAACCAGAAGGAAACCCUUGCAGCGCAGGAGAAGAACAUACAAACGUCACACAAAGGCAUCCAAGUCGGUCGUUGAACCCAGGUCCGAGUUGCCGUGAGGCGCGAGUAUUGCCACUGCGUUGCCACCCCUGCCCCACGCUGUUUCUCAAUCGUACUUGCAUAUAUAUUUAUACCGCAAAGCUCUGCUAAACACCUUCCUCGGAAUGCCGAAUGAACCUACCUCUAGAGGUAUCGCACUUCUCUCUCCCUUUGUCCACGUGGUUUAAAGCCAUUGGCGGCCGCUGACGGGAUCGGUUCCUAUGCGAAGGGCGAGCCGCUCUAUUCUCCGCCCUGCCCGCUCCUUCGUGUGGACGUUGUGUAGCGAUGGGGCGCACGCCCACGCUGCUUUCCUGGAUGUCUCGUUUGCCUCCUGUUGGCUUAAUGGUUGUGCGAGCUGCGCCGCACAGUGUUAUUUUGCUUUCUGUGGCGAUUAUUUAUUGCAAAGGAUUUCUCGCUGCCUCGGCAUCAGCUUUGACACAGAGGCCCGCCACCACGCGUGACCGCACAAAGGGAACCGGCGUCUCCAUUGCCGUAAGGUGCCCCGAUUGGCUCGGCGGGACCGCAGUGGCCAUGUCUGAGCCGCAGAGCCGACACCACGGAGGGUCUUGGUACGAACACGGCGUUCGACGGCCGCUGAUGGCGCUGGGCUUUCGAGUGUCGCGUGUCGACGGUCUCGACCCAUUCGCCGCAGACAACCGAGAAGCCCUUCGCGUUGUUAAACUUGGCAUGUCUCGCAAUGCCACGCGGGGAAUACACGUUUCGGUUUGGUUGUCAUGGAAUGGGCAAUAUUUAUAGACCGCAUAAGGGGAGUGCCCUCGUGUUGAGCGAGGGAUAUUGGUUUGACUCCAGAAGUGUUGCACCGUUCUCUUGGGUGCGCUGGAAAGUGAUUUCAUCGCAUGGCAUGAGACUGAUGGCACUUGGAAUGUAGCUGAGAAGAAAGAUGAAACAAAACUGCGUAAGAUUUUUUUUGUAUUUCCGCUCCAUGAGCAGCAGCAGCACAUGCUCGCGCCCACGUGGGUAGGCCUCUGUGUAGCUGUGCCAGGGCAGCAAAUAAUGUAGCAUCAUUUGUGUUGUCCGUCUCCUUCCAAAGCGCUUUGGUUGGAAAUGUAGAAAUGGUUGGAAGGGCCACGCACACUGCCCUCAUCGCAGCCUUUAGUGGUUGUGCAAGAACGCACUUUCGGUACAAACUCAACCCAUAGUUCCUUGCCAUGAGACAGUCGGUGAGGUUUAAGGCCCCGUGUGAAAUUGUGCCUUUUACUAAACACGUCGGUAUAGGAAUAGGUGCAUAGGUGCAUCUCAAAACGCAAACAAGUAUUGUUUUAGUUGCUCUCCUUGGCUGUGUGGUACCAUGGGAUGAGAUGAAGCCUAGUUGAGCAAAAUUAUUUUACUUCCUAGCCAUGUGACUUUUCACCGCUGCAGCGCCCUCUGCUCGCUAGGUGGUGGCCCCGUAAGCUCCCUCCGUGACCUCCUGCCGUGACCCUGGCGUCACGGCACCCAGUGCGUGUUGCAGGGAUCCGCUCCAGUUCAGUCGGUGCAGCACUCCCCCUACCUGUAGCUGCAAACCCAGGGUGAGAGGUGAUUCAGUAGCUUUUAUUUACAGAUGCGGAUUUCCAACUCCAGCAUCGCCACGUAUCGAUAUUCUUUUGACGCUCGUUUAUAUUGGGUAGCAUCUUUUAAAGUACGAAAGGUCAAAUCACGGCAGUUACGAAUUAAGUGUACUAAAAAAAAGUGCAAUAUGCUGACGCUGAUGAAAGUAAAUUAGUUGAUUUUGUGAAGGUUGCCUGUCGUGGAAGUCUCGAAGUGCACAGCGAGGAUGCUGCUUAAACGCGCGCGAGCCUUGGGCUGACGGCAUUGUAAAUGGUGCUUUGUUUUUAACUUCAUUCAUGCCACUUUCCCCGCACAGUGCUGCAUAAGUGUGUGAAUUUACGUACGAUAUUUUUUAUUUAGAAUAUUAAAACAAUACACUACGCUCUCGGGUGACACUGGUUAAAUCGCCUAGCACCACAAUUGGAACUUUCGGAUCUCAGUCACGGGUCGUCAAAAUCGACCAUCCUUCAGGAGAGGGAAAAAAUGCGUACUUACUUAGGUUUGCAUUGCUCAUCUUGUGGAGAGCCUCUCUGCUGCCAUGGGAAUGUGGAUUUUGUUGGCGCUGGCUCGUGCUCGUGAUGAAGAAGACCUUUUGAGCAUUGGAAAAUAACUUUUUUCUUUGAUCUAUAAAAUAACUUUCACGUUAAAUAUGACAAUCUUCAUUUGAAGUUUUCGUGACUGUAGGAAUCCAUACUCUUUGGUUCUUUCGGUAAAGUCGACGUAGGUAGAAAAUUAAUAAUAGAUCACGACGUUUCACGCAAGCGACCGUCGCUUGUGUUGCGAUCUAUUAAUUAAAUAUCACAGGCUAAAAUUCCAUUGAAAAGUUAAACGUGUUACUUUCAAAUGCAUUUUUUUACAAUAAGUCAAUCUAAAAAGAUGUCCCCUUGCAUAAGUGAGCAAUGUGGUUCUCCGUAAUGCCCAUAGGUGACUUAGCCGGAAAUUCCACUUUUCAUGAUGGCAACGGUUUAUCCAUAUGAUGACCGCAUGAUUUCUAUACAAUGCGGAAAGAUGAUGUCCAGAGUUGACUAAUGGAAAAUGAUGGUUGGUUCGGCAACAUCCAAUGCUUCAAGAGCAUUUUCAGAGAACGCAGUUGACCACCACACACCUAGGCUUCACAUUUGUUCGUGCUGGUGGAGUUCGUGUGAUUGUGGUAAAUAUUAAUCGAGUAACAAUCCCUGCCAACAGCAUCAUCAUCGCCAAUGUGAGGCACUGAUGAAAGAAAACUCGUAUAUUUGGGGAACACGUUUCUUUCCACCCUCUCAUCGCACCCUGGGCAGCCUUCCCCCUUACUCUGGGUUGCGAUGGCCUCAUCUCGUGUUGAUUCUGUGGAUCAAAUUCCCCACUAGGGGGGCUCUCGACAACUCCCGUCACUUGGCAAAAACUCGUAACACUCCGAUCACAUUUUAUGCCCUCUCUACGAUCAAAUAAUAAGUCCUUUUUAUUUUUCUUCUUUGGUUCUUUCGGUAAAGUCACGUAUCAAUUUAUUAUUUUAUUCUCAUUCUACGUAACUUUACCGAAAGAACCAAAGAAGUUUACCGAAAGAACCAAAGAAGAUGAAUCAUUGCAGUCACGAAAGCUUUAAAUCGAAAUUAAAUCCUUUUUAUUUUCUUCAAGUUUUGCACACCGUCACGGCCUGAGUAGAUGAAUCAUGUUCGAUAAGACUUGUGCAAGACAUUUGUACUCGGUGAGGCUUAUCAUAUUACCCUGGGAACUCUUGGACAUGAGAUAUUCCAUUCAGAUAAAAUAGUUUAAUGAAUACAAUUAAAAGCAUGUACUCCGUGGGUAAGAACAUAGCCCACACAGAAAUACCGCAGGGUGCUUCUCAUCGGAAAGCCCUCCAGUUAUACACAAAUUCAAACGCGGGUACACAGCAGCCCUGUAUGGUUUAAUUAACAACUUUAUUGAUACUCUACCAUACUCAUUUAAAGAGGUGAUCGGGUGGCUCACGGGCCGAGUUGACCCUACCACACACAACCUGCCGAUCGACUCGCUGUAGCGAACCAAAUUCUACUGCUGCGUUGAGGGGCGGCAGGGGCCAUUUAAGAAACUUGAACUGAUGUUUGCGGCAAAUCGACAACCGGUUUAUUUCUAUCGUUUAUUCGCCAUGUGGUUACCGCUAAUGGACACAAAUUGAGUUUAACAAUCCUGAUGUAUACUAUAGACACGGUACACCAGAGGUACAACGCAAAUCUGCCGAUGAAUGAAAAAUAAUGUUAUCAAUCAGCUGCUGCCUGUGUAAUGUGUGCGAUGUGUAUCCCUUUAAUUAUAUUUAUAUUUGACUGUAAGAUCAGUUUAUAAACAAGUGUUUGUAUUUCAUACAGGUACGCAGUGACCUUAAUUGUCUAGCAUUUACCGAAUUGGCUUUUAAACAUAAUUGUUCAAUUUAUACUACGUAAAUAGUCAUGUAAUUUGCACAUUGCCGUUUGAGUGCUGUGUUGUACGUUUAAAGGUCGUGUUUGUUUUCGCAAGUAAAGGUAAUUUCAGCA